AUGCAGGCAGGAGGUCCGUCGUGGGAUGUUUUACUUGGAAGAAGGGAUGGGACAACAGCAAACAGAACUGGUGCUGAUGUUGCCCUUCCAGGACCCUUCGAGACCCUGGACGUUCUAAAAUCCAAGUUCUUAGACGUCGGCCUGAACACCACCGAUCUGGUUGCUCUUUCGGGUGCUCACACAUUUGGACGCGCUCAGUGUGUGUCAUUCAGCGCUCGUCUAUACAAUUUUAGUGGCACUGGAAGUCCUGAUCCGACCCUGAACUCAACCUACUUACAAACUCUCCAAGGAAUAUGCCUGAAGAACGGAAUUGGGACUGAGCUAACCAAUUUGGACCUGACUACGCCAGAUGUUUUUGACAAUUACUACUUCUCUAAUCUUCAAGGCAACAAUGGCCUUUUGCAGAGUGAUCAAGAGCUGUUCUCAACCAACGGGGCGGAUACUGUUGACAUUGUCAACUACUUUAGUGCUUACCAAUAUGCUUUUUUUGUCAACUUUGUGGAAGCAAUGAUCAAAAUGGGGAAUAUAAGCGUGUUGACAGGGACAGAAGGAGAAAUUAGACAAAACUGCGCCUUAGUUAAUACAAACACUUAUGGUUCAGAUGGUCUUUUACAUAGCUCUAUUUAA